AUGCCCAAUCUUGAUAUCUUUAUUGUACUUAUCAAUGAUAUAAAAGAGCUGAUUGAGAUUUAUCAUUUUAAAAGUACAAUUCUCAUUUAUGCAAGAAAAAAGCUAAGAGAUAUCUUAUUUAAAUUCGAAUUCACAAAGUAUAAACCAAUGAAUGUGCAUGAAAAGGAUGUAUAUGAAUGCUUUGAAGUCAAUGCGAAAGUUUUUAUUAUUAGUCAAAAUACAUACAUUACAGCUUACAAAGUUAUAUUUUAUACGACUUUGAAUUUGUUAUCAAGUCAUAUGAUAAACCCUAUCAACAAUUCAAUCAUAAGGACUGUAUCCACAGAGCUUCUUAAAGAAAAAUUGCCAAUGCCAUCUAAUACAAAACUAACCAAGGAAGUCUUGCUCUUUAAGGUUGAGAUUCCCUUGAACACUUCGGAAAUUUCAGAUCUGAAACUUCAAAACUUAAGAAUCUAUGCUCUUUACAACACUUACUAG